AGGGUGUUGCAAUCAGCAACUAAAGCACUAAAACACACUGGUACUUUAAGGAAUCUCUUUUUAUUUCCUUUUCCAUUUCUUCAUUCAUUUGUGCUUAAACAUUCCAGAUCAAUAUCCGCCUGUGACAAUUGAGAUUCUCCACGACAACUAACCAGGCCUAUGUCUCGAUGAACACUGUGAGAUGGAACUGAAUUGCUGGUAAGGUCCUAUUUCCUGUCCGAGACAACUUGUGUGGUGUGGAGCUUGGCGCAGGCGCAGAUUGCAGUAUUUAACUUGAGGGUCCCGUUAAAGCGGAGUUCCGCUGCUCACACGGAUCAGAGAGCGCCGCUCACUUUCUCCGACGCAGUCAUCGCUCUGAACCCGUUCCUUUUCACUACAUUUAUGCAUCCAAACACUUCCACAGCCCGAAAGGAAAUUCCUCCCGACAACGUCACAUACACCAGCAGCGGCAAUUUCAAACAGAAGCAGAGAUUCUUCCUCCGACAGCGUGGAGAUAUUACAGCACUGGAUCCCCACAAUCAUUACCAGCAAUUGGGAUGACCUACUCCCUCAACCGACAUGCAAUCAAACAAUUGUCCCCAAUGAACAAAGAGCAGAGAAUAUGCAAGCCGCAUUCCUUCCAAUAAUACACAGCUUUACGCACAUAUACACUGAAGUUGGAGUCUCUCUCUCUCUCUUGGAGUGACAAUGGCAGACAGUUCGCACUGUUUCUACUGCCAGGAGGACCUCGGGGGGAAGAGGUUCGUACGCAACCAAGGCAGGGCGGUAUGCGUCCGCUGCCACACCAAAUUCUGUGCCAACACCUGCACUGAGUGCCACCGACCCAUCCCUGUGGAAUCAAAGGAGCUCAGCCAUAAGGGAAAGUACUGGCAUGAGGAGUGUUUCCGUUGUGCUAAGUGUUACAAGCCUCUGGCGAAGGAGCCCUUCAGCACCAAGGAUGACCGCAUCAUGUGCGGGAAGUGCUGCUCCAGAGAGGAUGCUCCACGCUGCCAUGGCUGCUAUAAAGCCAUACUGGCUGGCACAGAGAGUGUGGAGUACAAAGGGAACUCUUGGCACGAUGAGUGUUUCACCUGUUACAACUGUAAACGACCAAUAGGAUCGCAGAGUUUCCUCUCCAAAGGAAGUGAUGUAUACUGCAGCCCAUGCUACGACAAGAAGUUUGCCAAACACUGUGUCAGCUGCAAAAAGCCAAUCACCUCUGGAGGAGUAAACUACCAGGACCAACCAUGGCAUGGUCACUGUUUUGUGUGCAGCUCUUGCUCAAAGCCUCUGGCAAGGACGAGUUUCACCAACCACCAGGACCAGGUCUUCUGUGUCGACUGCUACAAGAACACUGUGGCAAAGAAAUGCAGCGGCUGCCAAAACCCAAUCACAGGUUUUGGUAAAGGAGUGAAUGUGGUCAACUAUGAGGGCAGCUCCUGGCACGAAUACUGCUUCAACUGUAAGAAAUGCUCCCUCAGUCUGGCCAACAAGAGCUUCGUAACCAAGGGGAGAGACAUCCUCUGCGCUGACUGUGGCAACAAGUAGAGAUGGAAAGCCUGGUCACUGUCUAACAGCGGUCAUGAUGGUUUUUUUUUUGUUUAUUUUAUUUUUACAUAAAGGCCAGAGGAUCCA